AUGAAAGUUGUACAUAUUGUCGGCAAUAAGGAUAUUGCGGACUAUCCUCUAGAAUUAAAACAUUCCCAAGUCAAACAUUUAUUGAAGACGAUAGAAUCGCGAAUGCGAACGAUGUACUUGUCGAAAGAACAAUGCUUGCAAUUAGGAGAAAAAUGUCUAAAAAUAAUCAGUCAUCCAUUGAAAUGA